AUGAUGAACCCGGAGAUGAUGCGGCUGGCGGAGGAGCAGAUGCGGCGCAUGUCCCCGGACGACCUGGCCAGGAUGCAGCGGCAGCUCGCGUCCAACCCCGACCUGGUGAAGCUAGCAUCCGAGAGCAUGAUAAACAUGACGCCUCACGACUUCAAAAUAGCAUUCCAGCAGCUGAACCAAACCAGCCCAGAGGAGAUGCUUUCCAUGGCCGAAAAGCUCGCCACCGCUAAGCCCGAGGAGUUCGCCGCCAUGAAGGCUCAAGCUGACGCUCAGAUCUCACACGCCAUAUCCGGUGCCAAAGCCCUGAAGCAGCAGGGGAACGAGCUUCACAGCCGUGGGCGGUACGCCGAGGCUGCUGCCAAGUACGACCUCGCCAAGGAUAGCUUGAAGAACGUGCCGUCGGCAGCCGCGCUCACAUUGAGAGUGCAGUGCAGCCUUAAUCUGAUGUCAUGUUACCUGAAAUCGGGCAAGUUUCAGGAGUGCCUAAACGAAGGGUCAGAGGUUCUUCUAGGUUGUGAUGAUUCGAGCAAUGUCGUCGUCAAGGCGUGCUACCGGAGGGGUCAGGCGUACAGAGGACUGGGGAACCUUCAGGCUGCCGUCGCUGACUUGAGUAAAGCCCAUGAAAUCUCUCCCGAGGAUGAAACCAUUGCUGAGGUACUGAGAGAAACACAGGGAUAA